GAAAUUCCAUACGAAACCCAAAUUAUUUCUUGCUAAUUCCAGAUUCCAGCGUCCCAGAUUCGAUCACAGAAGAGAAGAAGAGACAAAAACGAAGAAGACCCAGUUCACAUUCGUUAACCUUCUUCCGGUUCUAGAGAGAGAUGAAUCAUGUUUGUCACCACCAGCAUUUGACUUUGGGAGGAACAUGGGGAAGUGUUCCACAUUCCCAAAUAUUAUUCAAUUUCUGUGGCGGUCGUCUCUCAGCUGGAAUCUCGCUCUCUCCCACUCUGUUUCUUCCUUUCUUAAUGCUCACUCUCCCUCUCUUUCCUUCUUUCUUUCUCUCUUUCAGCCACAGAGAGAGUACUGUGUGUCACAACUUGACUCAGAUCCACACUUCAUUGCCUUUGCGUGCUCUUCAAAAAGAUGGUAUUCAUGGAUUCACGUUUUCUUCAUGAUUUCCACUACCCGGGCGUUUGAUAUCUCUCUCUUUCUGGUUUUAUUCAAACCCCUUUUUGUGGUUGGUUAAGCUUUUCCCAUUCCUUGUCUUCUUCUGUUAUACAUUUCUCGAGCUUGGAAGACUAAACUAAAAAAGGUUUUCCAUUGGUGGGUGAUAUGUCAUCUGAUUUCAAGUUAGAUGCAGUUAAAGGCCAUGAUAGUGAGGACCCAGAAGUUGGUUCUCUGAAUGGAGUUCAUACCAUUCUUCCAGAACGUAGAGCUACGACUUUGAGUGACAGAUUGUUUAGAGGGAGUCGAGCUGGGCAUGGCGAGAUUGUCUCCAUUCUGAAUGAAAAGCGUGGACAUGGGUCAGCAAAGAAAUCUGGACCUCUGUUGUCUGGGACAGCUUAUUGCAUUUCUUCUUGCAGCAUGAUACUGCUGAACAAAGUUGUUCUGUCCAGUUACAACUUCAAUGCAGGAGUAUCCUUGAUGUUUUAUCAGAAUUUGAUAAGUUCCGUAAUUGUUGUCCUCUUGGGCUUCUCUGGAGUUGUUACUUUGGAAAAGCUCAAUUGGAAACUGGUCAGGGUCUGGAUCCCUGUCAACAUAAUCUUCAUCGGCAUGCUUGUGUCUGGCAUGUAUAGUUUGAAAUACGUAAAUAUUGCAAUGGUCACCAUUCUGAAGAAUGUGACAAAUAUUUUAACAGCAAUUGGAGAAUUAUAUUUGUUCCGGAAACAUCAGAGUCAGAAAGUGUGGACUGCCAUGUUUUUUAUGAUUAUCUCCGCUAUCAGCAGUGGCAUUACAGAUAUCUCCUUUGAUACAUUAGGUUACGCAUGGCAGAUUUCGAAUUGCAUACUAACAGCAAGCUACUCACUCACUCUACGGCGAGUCAUGGAUGAAGCAAAAAAAUACACAAGAUCUGGCUCUCUCAAUGAAGUUUCGAUGGUCUUGCUGAAUAAUUUGUUAUCUCUACCAUUUGCCGCCUUCUUGAUUAUUAUGUUUGAUGAAUGGGAAUAUAUAAUAAGCGUGGAUGUAAUCAAAUUGCCUAUGUUUUGGGUCAUUGCAACAGCUAGUGGAUUGCUUGGACUUGCCAUCAGCUUCACCUCCAUGUGGUUUUUACAUCAAACUGGCCCCACCACCUAUAGUCUGGUGGGUUCCUUAAACAAGAUUCCGAUCUCGCUUGCUGGUUUAGUCCUGUUCAAGGUGCCUCUCAGUCUACCAAACCUCUUCAGUAUACUAUUUGGUUUAUUUGCCGGAAUAUUCUUCGCCAAGGCCAAGAUGUCCUGAUCCAGGCCUGGAUUUUAGAAUUGCGAUGAAGGAACUAACUCAUGCUCAGAUAAAAGAAAGGCAAACUGCCUGCACAAACAGUUUCUGGGCUUGGAAGAAGCACUGGAUAUACUUCUUUUCUUUCUUUUUGUUGGAGAAAGCAAAGAUAUUAUUUGUUUUACAAGCAUAGGACCAAUGAGUUACAAGAGUUGGAAAUUGCAAUUCUGUUUAUAUUUACUACUUGGUUAUGAUUGGCCAAGCUAACUAGCCAAGAAAAACCACAUGUGAGGGACAAUACUGUUAACUAAAUUGUUUAUUUCCCUCUACAUGUAAUUCUUUCAGCAAAAAUUUUGUUGAUGAAAAAUGAUAUCCUUCUUUACCAA